AUGAAAAUGUUUGUGAUGGCUGCUGCGGAAUGCUCAAGCAGCAAGGGAGAAAACGGGACAAAGAUUCCACCGCAUAGCCCCGAUAUUCCAAAGGAUUUUCUUGGUGUUUUCAAGGUAAAACAUGAAAUUGAUGCCGAUAUCGUUGACGUCUCAACAGGGCUCUCCCAUUCGGCGCUUCUCACCAAUAAACAGCAUAUUUACACGUGGGGAAGGCAUAGGAACAAAUUGGAGAGAAAUGAGCCACAAAAGUUGUUGACCCCGAAAAUGCUUGGAUUGAUGUGCAAUGUGAUCAAAGAUCUCCCCUCACUCGCGGCGGCUUUCGUUCACAUGUUGGGCGGGGAAUUUGUGAGUGCGGUGAACACAGUGAAACAGGUGAUCGAUAAUAGAAAUGGAGUGAUGACUGAUCAAGAUGACGAGUUUUUACAUGUCCGGAGUGUUAUGGGAGGGAAUUCUUGGAGAGACGGUCCCUCAACCACACUUUUCCAACAUGCACUUCUUCAUCUGCCAAAGCCAACCGACAGAAGAAAUUCAAAGAGAAUUGAGACAAAUUUGGCCGACGCCUGGUCGAACCGAGACGCAAAACGGAUUGACGGGGAUGGAGAAGCGAAAAUGCUCUCAAAAUGGACCCCAUCAUCGUCUCAAUUGACAACGAAUGUACACUGUGGGGAAUGCAUUCGUGAAUGGUUGGAGAUUGUGAAGGGGAAUCAAGGAGACGAUCAACAAAUCAUUUACCGCACAAAGGGAAUCAGGAGAGACAAUCAACAAUCAUUGCACCCCAUAAAUGGAAUCAAGGAGAGACAAUCAACACAUCAUUGCACCGCG